GGCUGGGUCCGCUCGGUCCGAUCUCAGAAGGAGAUUUUGUUCCUGCAUAUAAAUGAUGGGAGUUCUCUGGAAAACCUCCAGGUGGUUGCUGAUCCCAGCCUGGAAAAUAGAGACUUGACUUUUGGAAGCGCAGUGGAAGUGCAAGGGGAACUGGUCAGAAGUCCUCACAGGAUGCAAAACAUGGAGCUGAAAGCCGAAACCAUCCGUGUGGUGGGACCUUGUGAUACUUUGUCCUUCCCCCUGAAAAUAAAGGAGAGGCACCCGCUGGAGUAUGUCCGACAGUUCCCUCACCUGCGGUGCAGGACCAACACGCUCGGCUCGCUCUUGAGAAUCCGCAGCGAAGCCACUGCAGCCAUCCACUCCUUCUUCCAGGAUAAUGGCUAUGUGCAUAUUCAUACCCCCAUAAUUACAUCAAAUGACUGUGAAGGUGCUGGAGAGCUCUUUCAGAUUGAGACGCCAAAUGAGGCAAAGGAAUCUGCAGAAAAGACCCAUUUCUUCAAUGUGCCUGCCUUCCUGACAGUUUCUGGCCAGCUCCAUUUGGAAGUGAUGGCAGGGGCUUUUACCCACGUGUUCACCUUCGGCCCGACCUUCCGAGCGGAAAACUCACAGAGUCGCCGGCACCUGGCAGAGUUCUAUAUGGUGGAGGCUGAGCUCUCCUUCACUGAAAGCCUCCAAGACAUCAUGCAGGUUAUGGAAGAUCUUUUCAAGACAGUGACAAGUACUGUGCUCUCCAAAUGUCCUCGUGAUGUAGAGCUUUUUCAUAAAUACAUAGCUCCUGCCCAGAAGGAUAGGUUGGAACAAAUGCUGAAGAACAAAUUUGUGAGAAUUUCCUACAAUGAAGCAGUGGAAAUUUUGAUAAUUUCCUACAAUGAAGCAGUGGAAAUUUUGAAGCAAGCUUCUCAGACUUUCACUUUCAAGCCAGAGUGGGGCUGUGACUUCCAGACAGAACAUGAAAAGCACCUGGUGAAGCACUGUGGGGAGGUUCCCGUGUUUGUGAUUAACUACCCAUACGACCUCAAACCUUUCUACAUGAGGGACAACGAAGAUGGACCUCAACACACAGUUGCAGCUGUGGAUCUCCUCGUACCAGGAAUAGGGGAGUUGUGUGGAGGCAGCUUGAGAGAGGAGCGACUGCCCUUCCUCGAAUCACGCUUGCAGAGAUUAGGACUCGCAGAGGCCUACCAAUGGUAUCUAGACCUCCGAAAAUUCGGCUCAGUUCCUCAUGGAGGCUUCGGAAUGGGGUUUGAACGCUACCUGCAGUACAUCUUGGGAGUUGACAACAUCAAAGAUGUUAUUCCUUUCCCCAGGUUUUCUCACUCCUGUCUCCUAUAG